GGGCAGCGGGACACGGCGGGCACCGGCACCCGCCGGGCACCGCUACCGGCACCGCGCACCGGCACUGCCACGGGCGGGGGCGUCAGAGACCUCACCUGACUUGACCCGACCCGACUCGGGCCGGGUCACCGGUGAUCGGCACCAGAAAUCGGCACCAGAAAUCGGCACCCGACACCGGCACCCUCGACCGACCCUCAGCAGGCCGGCGGACUCGGGACCGGCACUCCCGAGCGGUCCCCAUAGGGCCGCGCUUUCGCUUUCGCCGGUCCCGGUCCCUCGCAGCAGAGGCGGCAGCGGCCGGGCCCGGUGCCCGGGGCUGUGAGGGGAGCGGGCACCGCACGGAGCCAUGGCCAUCGCCGACGUGCCCGCGGCCGAGUCCCGGCUCUGCGGCAACUGCAAAAAGGAUAUUCCUGCAGUCAAUUUCAUCAUCCAUGAAAUCCACUGUAGAAGAAAUAUUGAAAUAUGCCCCUACUGCAGCGACUCCAUCCCAAAGUCUGAGAUGAAGAACCACAUUGAGUCUGAACACGUGCAGGUCACCUGCAAGUGUAGGAUGAAGAUGGAGAGCAGCCUCCUGAAGGAUCACGAGGCGUCCUCGUGUCCCCUGCGGCCCGUGCUGUGCCAGUUCUGUGACAUCCAGCUGGCCUUCAACAAGCUCCAGGAGCACGAGCUCUACUGCGGGGCCAGGACCGAGCCCUGCGGCCGCUGCGGCCGCCACGUCCUGCUCAGGGAGCUGCCGGAGCACCCGCGGGUCUGCGGGACACCGGACACACCGGGGACACCGGACACACCGGGGACACCGGACACACCGCAGAGGGCGGCCAAGGACGGCGCCACCGCCGCGCCGGCGGCCCGGAGUGAGGGGGAUGAGCUACAGAGACCUGAACUCCUUCAUUCCCAGCUUGCUGAAGACUGGAAUGCUGACCUGGACUAUGUGUUGGCUCUCAGCCUGCAAAGUGAGAAUAACCCUCAGCACAACACUGCAGCUGACAUUCCCAGGGAUUUCUGGGAAUACGACUACACCAAAGAGCCUGGACAAUCUGCCCACCUUGGUGGAACAGACCUGCCCAGCAUCUUCUCCUGUGACUCUCCAGGCUCCUUCAGCACAUCAAAGCACAGCAAAAUAGACAAGGACAUGAUCAUGUUGCCCUGCGAGUUCUGUGAGGAGCUGUGUCCUGCUGAAGAUCUGAUCCUUCACCAGACAGGGUGUAACCCAGCAAGUGCCUUUGCCUCGUUCAGUAAGAGAAGUUCCUCUCCAAAUCCAUGGGAAUACAGUGGUCUGCAGGCUGAGGGCUCCAACAGCCACAGGAGUGUCCCCUCAUCCCAGCCCCAGGCUGGCCAGGCAGAAGGAGACAUCAUGAUCCCAUGUGAAUUCUGUGGCAUCCAGCUGGAAGAGGAGAUUCUCUUUCAUCACCAGCACCACUGUGACCUGCGCCCUGCCAGCCCCACAGGUGACAUUGGUGCCAUUGCAGCUCGGGAGCUGCCAGCCCAGCCCCGCAGGGACAGACGGGAAUCACCAGAGCCGGCUCGGCGACGGAUCCGGCACCAAGGAGAUGUUUCUCCUUGGCACGCAGAGGGCUCUGGGAAGCUGGGGCUGUUCCCUGCUGCACGGCCCAGGCUGAGGACGGGGGUGGCCAAGGCUGGGGACGCGGCGCUGUCCCCUCCAGGGAGAGCCGGUGACGCUCCGGGCAAGCCCGGGAAGGGCAGUGGCACUGAGGGGACACGCAAGGACAGAGGUGACUCUGCAGCUGGGACAGCACCCCGGGCAAGAGCUGCUCAGCACUUCCAGGCAGAGACCUUCACUUCCAGCUCCUCCAGAGCUUCUCCAGCCCAGCCAAGCUCUGGUGCCGCAGGAGGAGGAGGGAGCCUGGGGCUGUUGGACGGGCGCAGCGGCCUCCGGCGCCGGAGCUCCAAGGCAAAAGGCCAGAGCCCAGCAGCUGGACAGCCAGAGGAGUGAGCCAGUGCCUGUGAGAACAUGGAGCACCCGGCCCUGCCCCUGGGCUCUGCCAGACUCCUGCAAGCAAAUUCUGACACUCAGCUUCAAUUUUUAGGCAGUGACCAUUUUCUAAAUCUCUAUUUUUAAUCUGUGAGAGCAAACUUCAGGUUUUUAUGUCUUUGAUCACCUUGAGCACCACCCCCAAGGCAUCAAAUUGAGUCUUGCCUUGGGCACCACCUGAGUUCUGUGUCUGUGUGGGCUCCUUGUGCCAUCCUGGGCUGGGAUUUGUGUCACCCCGAGCUCUGGGUGCGUCCUGCCCUGGAAUGCUCAGUGGCAGCUGGUGACACCAGCAGGGAGCAGUCAGUGCUCCAGCCCUGUCCCAUGCAGAGCAGGUUUGAGGGUUGGGGCUCCAAGGCUUCUCAGUGCUGCAUUUUCAAGUUUAAAGCUUUUUAAUUUUCUGGGAAUAAAAUUUCUCUGAGGCUGUCCCAAA